AACAACCCUGGUGUUGCAAUGUUCCAGCCUGGAGUCUGCUUGGAUAGCCCGUCAGGGCCACUGGCUCUUUUGGAAGAGCGCCAGCAUUAUAUGACAGCAGGAAUCCAAACAGGGCCAGAAGCAUUGAGACAGAGAGAGAAGAGGACAGAGGCGACAAGAGGCUGGAGACCGUGAAGAUCAGCAUCGAAGUUGGCUUUGGAUCCUUGGCAAACCACCCUCCCGUUUUAGAGAAAGUCGUAAAUCAUGAAACUGAUUACCAUCCUUUUCCUCUGCUCCAGGCUGCUCCUGAGUUUAAGCCAGGAAGUGGUCUCCCAGGAAGUUGACUGCGAUGAUGAGGAUGUGUUUCAGGCCGUGGACGCCGCUUUGAAAAAGUAUAACAUUAGGAACCAGACUGGCAAUCACUUUGUGUUGUACCGCAUCACUGAAGCCACGAAGAUGGUUGGCUCUGAAACAUUUUAUUCCCUCAAGUACCAAAUCAAGGAAGGCGACUGUUCUGUUCAAAGUACCAAAUCCUGGCAAGACUGUGACUACAAGAUGCCCGCUGUGGAGGCCGCCACAGGAGAGUGCACAGCCACCGUGGGGAAAAGAAGUAAUAACAAAUUCUCUGUAGCUACUCAGACGUGCAAAAUUACUCCAGCUGAAGGCUCCAUAGUGACGGCCCAGUACACCUGCCUCGGUUGCGUGCACCCCAUAUCCACUGACAGCCCAGAACUCGAGCCUGUUUUGAGACACGCCAUUCAACAUUUCAACAAUAACACUGAGCAUUCCCACCUCUUUGCUCUUGGAGAAGUAAAAAAAGCCCGAAGACAGGUGGUGGCUGGAUGGAACUUUGAACUUACCUACACAAUUGUGCAAACUAAUUGUUCCAAGAAGAAUUUUCUGUUCUUAACUCCAGACUGCAAAUCCCUUUUGAACGGGGAUGUUGGUGAGUGUACAGAUAAUACGUACAUGAAUCCUGAGCUAAAAAUCGCUGCCUUCUCCCAGAACUGUGACCUUUAUCCAGGGGAGGACUUGGUACAACCUCUUCCCAAGCACUGCCCUGGCUGCCCCCGGGAAAUCCCUGUGGACAGCCCCGAACUGAAGGAAGCACUUACGCAUUCCAUCUUAAAGCUUAAUGCGGAGAACAACUCAACUUUCUAUUUCAAGAUUGAAACUGUGAAAAGAGCUACAUCACAGGUGGUAGGUGGGCAGAAAUUUUAUAUUGAAUUCACAGCCAGGGAGACCACCUGUUCCAAGGAAAGCAACACAGAAUUGACAGAAGCUUGUGAGAUCAACAGCCUUGGGCAAAGUCUAAGCUGCAGUGCUAAUGUUUACAUGAGGCUUUGGGAGAACAAAAUUUUCCCCACCGUCAACUGUCAACCACUAGACAUGAAUAUAAUGAUGAGAAGGCCUCCAGGUUUUUCACCUUUCCGAGCAGUAAAAGUACAGGAAACCAACGAAGGAACAACUGUAAGUUCACCCUAUACUUCCAUGGUACCUGACCAAGAAGAGCAGGAUGCAGAAAAUGAACAAGUACCCAACCAUGGGCAUGGCCAGUUCCAUAAAAAGCAUACAAAACAUGGCAUUGACCGUAGCCAAAAACUUGAGCAUGACCAAGACCAUGGGCACCAAAAGGGGCUUGGCCUUGGUCACGGACAACAACCCAAACUUAAGCAUAUCCUUAAACACCAAAGGGGACAUGGCCUUGGCCAUGAGCAUGAAAUGGAACAUGACCUGUCUCACAAGCAUAGGCAUGGCCGUGGCCAUGGAAAACAUAAAAAUAAAGACAAAAGCACUGGGAAGCUCUCUGAGCAGAAAGCAGAGCAUUGGGCAAGCUCUUCUGAAGAUAGUCCCACAGCUUCUGCACAGAUACAAGAGGCCACAAAGGGGCCCACCCUCCGCCCUCCCCUAGCCUGGCCAGGGGAGACAGUCACCUCCUCUAGCUUUCAGGAUUCCGAUCUCAUUGAAGCUGGGAUGCCUCACAUAGCCCCGUCUCCCACCGAGCUCAGUGAUGACUGGAUUCCUGAUAUCCGGAUAGAACCAGAUAGCCUUUCAUUUAAGGUGAUACCUGAUUUUCCAGAAACAACCUCCCCCAGAUGUCCUGGACGUCCCUGGAAGGCAGUUAGUGAAGAGAAUCCAACCACACAGAUGAAAGAAUAUGAUGAUUUUGAUCUCUCUGAUGCUCUGUCUUAACUUAGGCAGCCAUGGGUGUUCAUUUAACACUUCAUACUCCCCUCUCCCUCAUGCCCAAACACAAAUAUCAAGGUCCUGAUCCAAGACAUCAAACCCAUAGAACUUCAGAACACUCUAGAGAGUCAUGGUGAGCCUCCCAUGGGGUGUGUUGGUGGGGGGAACUCCAUCAGAUUCUACAAACUGAAUGUCAUCAUUUUAAAUCUUGUCUGAGCUUCCCUCAGGGGUUUUUCUAAACUAGCAUUGGAAGCAGCCUACUAUAAUUUGUCUCUGAAAAUGAUUGUGUAUCUUAAAAUGUACAUUAUCAGUUUCCAUACAAUGCUUCUUACCAUUCUGAAUAAAAUGUGAUACCUACUCCCUAAGUAUGUAUGAAAAUCAGGGAAACAGACUAAAUAUGACAUUUUUGUUUGUUUGUUGUCAAGGUAGAGUCUUACUUUAGCCCAGGCUUACCUGGAACUCACAGUGAUUCUCCUGCCUCUUCCUCUCAAACACAAACUGGCCAAAGGGAAGGAAAGAAAAAAGUAAAUUAACUGAUUUUCUGUUUCCAAAACAGAAUAGUUAUGUCAAAGCAUACUCCCUCUGGCCCGGUUAUUCUGAGAAUUCCUUUUCUGUACACAACUAUGUCUUGCAAGCCAAUAUUCUUUAUUUACUCUUUGCCCCCAGGCUUUCAAGUAGCAGUUUUCUGUUUCUUUAUAGCUAAGUUUAGAUAUAACAGUUCUCAAUUUCAGAAGCUCUUAGUCUAAUGAUAAGGGUGAAAAACAGGCUUGCUAAGGCAAUCUUUUCUUUUUAUAAUUGGCAAGGGAACGUAAUGCAAACUUUGUUCACAAUUUUUUUUUUUUUUUUUGAGGUCGGUUCUGACUCUAGCCCAGGCUGACCUGGAACUUACUGUGUAGUCUAAGGCUGACCUUGAACUCACAGUGAUCCUCUUACCUCAGCUACUCUGUUCUGGGUUUAAAGGAUUGUGCCAAUACGGCCUGUUUGCUCACAAAUUUCUGAGCAAAUUCCAUAUCCUCUCUUUAAAAUUGCAUCAUCUUCUUGCUAUGACAUUAGAGGUCAUUGAAUUUUACAACAGAGAAUAAUAUGAUUAUCUUUUAUUACCUUAUAAUGCAAGGAAAAACAUGUAUUUUACAAUGCAUGCUAUACUUUUGCUUUUGUUUUGUUUUUCUGAGUCUCACUGUUGCCCAUUCUGAGCUGAAACUCAUUCUCUAUCCCCAGACUGACCUUGAACUCAUAGCAAUCCUCCUACCUCAGCCUCCUCAAGUGCUGGAACUAAAGGCAGGUGCCAUCACGCUCUGCUCCAGGCUAAACUUUUGCCCAGUGAAACAAAAGACAGCUUCAAGGAGCUAUUCCCCACCUGUUGCUUAUGCCACUGCUAUUUGAAUUUGUGGGAAUCAUUUGAGUCCCCAGUUUUUAUUUCAGUUCAAAUAUUGUCUGCACUCUUUAAUAAAGAAUCCAUGAUACAA